AUGUUGCAUCCGUUUUCAUUUUCUAGGGACAACCAUGCUUCUAUGAGGAAGUUCUCUUCCCCACUAAAUGUGAAUACUACAUCGUUCCAUUUCUCCAAAAAAGCUCCCACUUCUUUUUCAUUUUCUUACAAGUCAUUCUACCCAUAUGCAAUUCAGUCAGUGAGUGCUAAAACUUCUUCACCAUUCUUUGAUAAUAUCAAAGACAACGAAAGCAUGAAUAAGUUCUUGGAUGUAGAACUAGAGGUUCGUGAUUAUGAGUUGGACCAGUAUGGUGUAGUCCACAAUUCUGUUUAUUCUUGUUAUUGCCAACAAGGUAUGAGUGAUUUUAUGAAAAGCAUUGGUAUUAAUACUAAUGAAGCGGUUGAAAAUGGUGAUGCAUGGGCAGUGUUAGAACUAUCACUCAAAUUCGUUGCACCUCUAAGAAAAACUUGGAACCAGAGUGGAGACAAAUUUGUUAUAAGGAUGAGACUUUUAAGCUUUUCAGCGGCUUGUUUAUGCUUCUCUUGUUUCAUCUAUAAGAAACCAAACCAAGAGCCUAUUCUAAAAGCAAAUGUCAAAGCGGUGUAUCUUGACAAAAGCUAUCGUCCUAUUCGUAUUCCGGCAGAUAUGAAAUUUAAGAUGAUUAACUUCAUCGAUGUAAAUGAUAUUUAA